AUGAGCGACGCUGAGAUGGAAAUAUUUGGGGUGGCUGCCCCUUACCUCCGCAAAUCAGAGCGGGAGAGAAUCGCAGCACAAAACAUGCCGUUUGAUGCCAAAACAGCAGUGUUCGUGCCCGACCCGAAGCAGGAGUAUGUGAAGGGGAGGAUCAGAAGCCAAGAUGGAUCCAGCGUCACAGUGGAGACUGAGGACUCAAAGAUUGUCACGGUGCACCUGGACGACAUCCGGCCCAUGAACCCUCCGAAGUUUGACAAGCUGGAGGACAUGGCUCUGCUCACACAUCUGCACGAACCUGCCGUGCUCUUCAACCUCAAGGAGCGCUACGCCAUCUGGAUGAUCUACACCUACUCUGGGCUCUUCUGUGUGACUGUGAAUCCCUAUAAGUGGCUUCCAGUCUACAACCCAGAGGUGGUGUCUGGGUACCGUGGGAAGAAACGUCAGGAGGCCCCCCCGCACAUCUUCUCCAUCUCUGACAGCGCUUACCAGUACAUGCUCAAAGAUCGUGAGAACCAGUCUAUCCUGAUCACUGGAGAAUCUGGUGCCGGGAAGACCGUCAACACCAAGAGAGUCAUCCAGUACUUUGCAACAAUUGCAUCGGUCGGAGACUCGAGCAAGAAAGAGCAACUUCCCGGAAAAAUGCAGGGGAAUCUGGAGGAUCAGAUCAUCCAGGCCAACCCUCUGCUCGAAGCUUUUGGGAAUGCCAAGACUGUGAGGAACGACAACUCCUCUCGCUUUGGAAAGUUCAUUCGCAUCCACUUUGGAACAAAGGGGAAGUUGGCCUCAGCUGAUAUUGAAACGUACCUUUUGGAGAAAUCCAGAGUGACAUUUCAGCUGCCGGCGGAGAGGAGCUACCACAUCUUCUAUCAGAUCAUGUCAAACAAGAAGCCUGAAUUAAUCGACAUGAUGCUGAUUACCACCAACCCGUACGACUACCCUUUCAUCAGCCAGGGGGAACUCACUGUGCUGAGCAUCAACGACACUGAGGAGCUGAUGGCCACUGAUAAAGCCAUCGACAUCCUGGGAUUCAACGCGGAGGAAAAGGUUGGCAUCUACAAGCUUACUGGCGCUGUGAUGCAUUAUGGGAACAUGAAGUUCAAGCAGAAGCAGCGAGAGGAGCAGGCGGAGCCCGACGGCACAGAGGUGGCUGACAAAGUGGCCUACCUGAUGGGCAUGAACUCUGCAGAUCUGCUGAAGGCGCUCUGCUAUCCUAGAGUGAAGGUGGGGAAUGAGUAUGUCACCAAAGGACAGACUCCUCAGCAGGUGAACAACGCCAGUGGGGCUCUGUCUAAGGCGGUGUAUGAGAAGCUGUUCCUGUGGAUGGUCACCAGGAUCAACCAGCAGCUGGACACCAAACUACCAAGACAGCAUUUUAUUGGCGUCCUGGACAUCGCAGGGUUCGAGAUUUUUGAGAUGAACAGCCUGGAGCAAAUGUGCAUCAACUUCACCAACGAGAAGCUGCAACAGUUUUUCAACCACCACAUGUUUGUGUUGGAGCAAGAGGAGUACAAAAAGGAAGGGAUUGUGUGGGAGUUCAUUGACUUUGGCAUGGACUUGGCGGCCUGCAUUGAGCUCAUUGAAAAGCCGAUGGGCAUUUUCUCUAUCCUCGAGGAGGAGUGCAUGUUUCCAAAGGCAACAGACGGCUCCUUCAAGAACAAGCUGUACGACCAGCACCUGGGGAAGAACAGCAUCUUCCAGAAGCCCAAGCCCUCCAAAGGAAAGGCUGAAGCCCACUUCUCCCUGGUGCAUUACGCCGGCACCGUGGACUACAACCUGAGCGGCUGGCUGGAGAAGAACAAAGACCCGCUCAACGACACCGUGGUGCAGCUUUACCAGAAAGCCUCCCUGAAGCUGCUCUCACAGCUCUUCGCAACAUACUCCACUGCUGACGCUGAUGGAAGUAAGAGAAGUGCCAAGAAAAAAGGAUCUUCUUUUCAGACGGUUUCAGCACUUUUCAGGGAAAACCUGAAUAAACUGAUGUCCAACCUGCGUUCCACACAGCCACACUUUGUGAGAUGCAUCAUCCCCAAUGAAACCAAGAUACCAGGCUCCAUGGAUCACCAGCUGGUCCUUCACCAGCUGCGCUGUAACGGCGUGUUGGAAGGGAUCAGGAUCUGCAGGAAGGGAUUCCCCAGCAGGAUCCUCUAUGGGGAUUUCAGGCAGAGAUACAGGAUUUUGAACGCCAGGGCGAUCCCGGAGGGGCAGUUUAUCGACAGCAAGAAGGCUUCAGAGAAACUUCUCUCCUCUAUCGAUGUGGACCAUGCCCAGUAUCGAUUUGGAUACACAAAGGUGUUUUUCAAAGCGGGCCUGCUGGGUCUCCUGGAGGAGAUGAGGGAUGAGCGUCUGGCUGUGCUGAUGACUCGAAUCCAGGCCGUUUCCAGAGGCUACGUCACCAGGCUGCGGCUGAAGGAGAUGUCAAAGAAAAGAGAGUCCGUUUACAUCAUCCAGUACAACAUCCGGUCCUUCAUGAAUGUGAAGAACUGGCCUUGGAUGAGACUCUUCUUCAAGAUAAAGCCUCUGUUACGAAGCGCAGAGGCCGAGAAGGAGAUGCAGAACAUGAAAGAGGCGUUCUCUCGACUCAAAGAGGAGUUUGCAAAGUCAGAUGCAAGGAGGAAGGAGCUGGAGGAGAAAAUGGUCAUGCUCUUCCAGGAGAAGAACGACCUUUACCUUCAAAUCCAAGCAGUACGGUUGGCUGGACCCCCGGCAGAAGAGUGGUCGGCGGGACCCCCAAUGGGAACGGUCAUGGAGUUGGCAGGACCUCCAGCGGAACCUCCAACGGCACGGACAUCCGUGCCGUUGGAGGUUCCGCUGGAGGUCCUGCCAACUCCAUGA